AUGUCUCGCCCAUACGUUGUCGGCGACUCGUCGCCAUUUCUCAAGCGGGUUUUGAUACCGUUCUGGAUUGUUCGCAUCCUCAUCAUGCUCGUCCAAAUCGGCCUGUACGCGUUGGUCAUUACCGGUCUCAGCGUAUUCAAAGACGACAUGGAACGGCUCUACGCUGAAUAUCACACGACCCUCCAAUACGACGCCGUUCUGGCCGUAUCCUGUGUCAUCAUGGCCAUCAUCUUGCUCUGCCUGAUCCUCGACAUUGUCUGCAUCAUCAUGCGCGCCAGGCGGAGAUUGACCCCGCAAUUCUUCCUCACCGUCAACAUCAUCCAAAGCGUCUUCUACGUCGUCAACUUCGCCCUGACCAUGGCCGGUCCCCGCAACGGCGUCCUUUCCGUCGUAAUCGGCGUGCUCAUCCUCCUCUCCUUCCUCGGCCUCCUGAUCUACGCCUCCGUCGUCUACCACCAGUACCGCAAGGGCUCGCUGCGCGGCACGUACGUGCAGGCCAACAACCCGGAGGUGCACAACCUGGUCGCCGACACGGGCUACCCGGCCGUCUCCAACAUCCCGCCCCCGCCGCAGCACAUGUACGGCCAGGACGAGGGCAUCACCACCGACAAGGCGGCCUACUACGACCGGCAGGCCAUUGCCGAGACCAACGCCUACAGCGGCCACAGCUACCCCUCCACCCCGGCCGCCCACGAGACCCAGCAUCCGCAGCAGCAGGGCUAUGAGAUGCAUCAGCGCUCGGCUGUUUGA